AUGAUCCAGAACGUCACCCAGAGAGACACAGGAUCCUACACCCUGCUCGUUAAAAAGGAUUUACUGACAGAAAGACAGGCUGGACACCUCCACGUGCACCCCACCAAGGAGGCUCAGGGGUGUGUACUCUCUGUUAUUUCUGCCGCGGUGGUACAACCCACACCUGUCAUCACCAGCAGCAUCUCCAACCGGGCGAACGAGGACACUGUGGUGUUAACAGGUGGAGCUGAGACCCAGAACACCUCCUAUAUGUGGUGGAUCAACAGUCAGAGACUCCCCAAGAGCACCAGGCUGGAACUGUCCGAGGACAAGAGGACUCUCACAGUAGUCACCGUGACAAGGAAUGAAACAGGACCCUAUGUGUGUGAAGCCCGGGACCCAGCGAGUGUCAGCCGCAGUGACCCAUUCACCCUGGAUGCCCUCUCCCCAGUGGCAAAGCCCUCCCUCCAAGCCAGCAACACCACAGUCACAGAACACGAGGGCCCCGUGGUCCUGACCUGCCUCGCAGAUGAGACUGGGGUCUCCAUACGCUGGUUCUUCAAAGGUCAGAGUCUCCUCCUCGCAGAGAGGAUGACACUGUCCUCAGACAACAGCACCCUCACCAUAGACCCCGUCAGCAGAGAGGACACCGGGGAUUAUCAGUGUGAGGCCUUCAACAGGGGCAACUCCAGCAGAAGCGACCCCCUCAGGCUGCGUGUGACCUGUGGGAUCGUUACCACUAGUGCCUGCUGGGAAGCCCCGGUGAGUCACAAAGGCUAA